GUAGAAUCAGCGACGUCGGACGUGCGAAUGGGCCUAGUGGAUUUCGGGGUUAAUCUCGAAAUUUGUGAUGCUCUGGAGAGGAAUCCUUCCGAUGCGGUCACCAUGGCAUUCGCGGUGAAGAAGCGCCUGGGCAAGAAUGACGCACAUGUCACGGCAUUGUCAUUGACCUUGUUGGAGAUGUGCGUGAAGAAUUGCGGCGAAGCUGUUCACGCGGCCGUGGGGCAGCAGCAGAUCCUGAGUGAAAUAGCAAAACUCUGCGAGGGUGGCAGUGGUGAAGAGGUCAAGAGGCAGGCUCUGGCACUAGUGCAGCAAUGGGGCGUCGCAUUCGAGUCGCGCGACGCAUUGCCUGCGUUCGCGGACACGUAUACAGCGCUCAAGGUCAAGGGGUUUGAAUUUCCCACAGGGAAUGAGGAGAACGCGCCUGUGUUUACG